AUGGAUAUUGAGAAUUAUAAAGAAGAUUAUAUAAGAAAGGUAACCAAAAAUACUAUAAUGUAAGAAUAAUUUUGAUUAACAUACACCAAUUAAAUCAAAGGAGUCAUAAGAUUAGCAAUAUAAUAAAAUGAUUUAGAAUUCUCCAUGUUGCAUGAGAUAAAUUUAGGAAUUAAUUGUAUUUUGGGUAGAAAUUAUGAAAAAAUAUAAUCAAGGUAUGUUUAGAUAUUAUAUUAAGAUCCUGAUGUGAUUAUGAUACUACAUUAAAUGAAUGAGAUAUUACAAACAAGUAACUAAACUUCAAGUUAGAAAUUAUUUAAUUUUACUCCAAAAUAAUCAAAUAUAGAUGAUCAAAGUUUUAAUAAUAGCUUCAAAUAAGAUAUGUUUUAAAAAAUGAAUGAGAAUAUUAUUUAAGUAUAAGAAGAAAUUAACAAUUAAGCAUGUUUAUCCCCAAAAACAAUAGAACAUGGUAAAUAUUUUAAUGAAUCUUGUAGUGAGAUAACUUAAUAAUUUAAUAUGAUAUAAAAUGUUUAAUAAUGUAAUUUAAUAAUUAUUAUGAAGGUAAAAUUGAUGAAAUAUAAAAAGAGUUAGAUUAAAAUAAAUCUAAAUUUUCAGGAUCCAAUAAUGAAGAAAUUCCUUUGAAUACAUAAUCUGAAUAUAUAAAACAAUCUUAUUAAUUUGAUGAUUAGAAAAAAAAAAGAGUGCUUUCAUUUAAAAAAAAUUAAAAUAUUUAAUUAGAAGAAUUUAAAAAAGGUUUGACAGAUAUCAAAACAGUGGUUGAAUAGAGAUUAUAAAGAGAAAUAUCUAUAUUUAAAGAAGAUUUACUAAGUGAGCAUAGUAAGUUUAGUAACAGUUAUUCAGAAUUAUAAGAAUAAAUCAAUACUUAAUAAGAUAAGAUUCUUAAAUUUUAGUUAUAGAUUGAAAAUUAUAAAAAAAUAAUAUAAGAUUAAAGUGAAGAAUUAGAAAGAAGACAAUCUUAUUAAAAUUCUGAACAGUUUAUUUAGUAAUUGGUAAGAUUUUUUUUAAAUGAUGAGAAUGAGAUAUAAAAUAUUGAAGAUGCAAAAACAAUUAUAAUGGAGAAUAUUAUGAGUUAAAAAUAAGAAGUUUUAAGGUUGAGUAAACAAUUAUUAAUGAUAGAACAAAAUAAUAAAAUAAUGCUUUAACAUCAUAUGAAUGAAAAUUAAUCAUUAAAAAAUAAGUUUGGAGCAGAAAGAAAUCUUUUUGAGGUUUCAAUUAUUAAUUUAAAGAAUUCUUUGGAUUAAAAAGAGAGAACUUAUCAAGAAUUAGUUUAAGAGUUAGAGUAGAUUAGAUUAUCCGAUUAAGUAGCUUUAAAUGAAGAAUUAGUUGAAAUAGGUCAUAUUUAAAUGCAAUAAUAAUCGUAAUUAGUUUAUUUAGCUUUAAAAUUAUUAUAAUAAUAUAUUAAUGCAUCAUCAUUUGAAUUAAAUGUAGCAUAAAUAUUAUAAUAAUAAUUAAAUUAGUUAAAAUUGAGUGAAGAUGCAGUCAAAAGUUAAAUAAAAGAUUCGAAAGGUUUGUAGGAAGAUAAUUUAUAGUAUUUUAAGGAUUUUAAUGAGAGGAUAAAAGAGAUAGUAUAAUUACUUUGUAAUAUUUAUAAGAAAGUAAUAGAAUGGAUAAUUAAUUAAAGAAGAAAGUUGGAAGAAGAAUUAUGUUGA